AUGCAGGACUCACCGUUCACAUUCGGUUGUUCACCUGGACAAGGCGCGCCACUGAAUACGACGCAUGCCACGUACAGUACCCUAGACGUGCCUGAACCCUCUGCAGGCAUCGCAUCUGGCCAGAACGUCCGUACUACUUUCGCGUCAGGUUUGAGUGCCGCACUGUCUCCCCGCACGGCGCUCACGAACGUCAAUAUCGAUACUCCCCAUGAUUCUCAAGGUUCUUCUGCUAGAGAUGGGAAGAUUGAAGUCCCUCUACCUGCUGCAAAUGAUCGGGGUACUACUAUUCCUGUGCUGCAAGAGGAACGACAUACAAUCCCUGUUGGAUCUUCCCGUACUUCACGGCGUGUUGGACGUAGGAACGCGGAUCGCAGGAAGGAUAAACUUCCCUCGGUGCUCUAUGACAAGGAGCCGCUCCAUGACGGCGGCUAUCGACUCGUUUUCCAAGCGGGCGGUCGAGAAGCCAGUUUCCUCGAAUACCACCCACAGACCUCACGGAACUCUAAAAAUGAUGUUUCCAGUGCAGACUUCUCGGUGGAAUACCAUGCUGUACGCGCACUUAUGAACAUGGAGAAGCAGGGCUCUUCGACGAGCACUCCUGGCCCCUCUACCGCUUCCCUGACUUCCCUCGCUAAGAAUCGUUUUUCCGUUGGCGAUGUUCCAGUAUCUUCGCAGCAGCAGGAGCGGACGCAAGCUAUCAAAGAAGAUGUCGACAUCCAGGUGCCGAAUCACGAGCCAGCCGUCAUCGGGACGAACCUAUCUGACGUUGGAAGCGCAAACGAGGGACACCAGGCAGUCACCCGUGAGUCCACUGACUCUUUACAUUUCUACACGAUCCGGUCUGUCGGACUGGACCCACUGGACAACGUGAACUCAGCCGUAGAUGUCCUAAAACAAACGCCGGUCCCUGUCGCAACUGGGUUCCCUCAAAUCCAAGGUAUCUUGGAGGAUGAUCGGGCCCACACAUAUGUACCUGACGAGGUCCUUCUUUCCCCUGGCAUUAUUCACAACCAAAACACCAACACCGAAGCCCGGCGUGUUGCUCGCCGUAAAACUAUAGAAGAGCUCAAAGCGAAGAGCGGGACGAAACCCCAGACGCAAACGACGAAGCGUACUCCUUCAAUUGCGAUGAAUGAUACUACUGAAGGUGUCGACUUACCCAACCAUGUUCACAGGAACAUGUCGUGGUAUCAGCUUCUUUGGACACUCUUGGGUCUACUGCUCCUGGGACUUUAUUACAAUAUUUUGAUCCCAACUGGACAAGCUUGUUUGAACCGCACUCCCGGAGUCCUGAACUUCGUUUGCAAUGCGGUGGUUUCAGCCGCACAUGGUGUUGCUGCAGCCCGGGGUUGCAUCAGGCCAACGCAACCCCCUGAGCCCACGCAACAUGAGAGCCACUGGUCGCCACAGACCGCUAACAACGAUCAAGGCUCGUUAGCUAUGCUCACAACCGUUGCUUCAGGGUUUUCAUCUUUGCGAUCUCCAUUGAACAAGCAACAUGUACACGGAGCAAACUUCGCUGCUCCUGAAGUUUCCCGCGGUGAGCCUGCGUGUUAUUCAAACCCUUCCGCUACUCGCUUACCGCCGUAUACGCGACAACCUUUCUCGCCAUCGGCGUCCUGCCAUGAGCCUUCGUGGCACUCACACUCAUCUACUGCUCGCUUUCGACGUUACACUCACCAACCGCCCGUACCGUUCGCUCCGCAGACGUCUUUUAGAGAAGAUCGCUACCCACUUACCUCACUGAAUGCCUAUGGCCAUCCGCAGACGAAUUACGUCUACGGGGAUCGUGCCCGCAACCUCGCCAAGCUGGACACUCCGUCUCCAUAUCGAAACGCAGAAUAUUGGGACGAAGUACCCCAGCGCUCGUACAACUUUUCAUAG